CCUAGGAGCGCCCCGCCCCGCCCCUGUGUGUCCUGGGGACCCCCUCGGCGUGGGAGCCCCCCGGCGAGGCCAUGAAGCUUGUGCGGAAGAACAUCGAGAAGGACAACGCGGGCCAGGUGACCCUGGUCCCCGAGGAGCCCGAGGACAUGUGGCACACCUACAACCUAGUGCAGGUGGGCGACAGCCUGCGCGCCUCCACCAUCCGCAAGGUGCAGACCGAGUCCUCCACGGGCAGCGUGGGGAGCAACCGCGUCCGCACCACCCUCACCCUGUGCGUGGAGGCCAUCGACUUCGACUCGCAGGCCUGCCAGCUGCGAGUCAAGGGCACCAACAUCCAAGAGAACGAGUACGUCAAGAUGGGGGCUUACCACACCAUCGAACUGGAGCCCAACCGCCAGUUCACCCUGGCCAAGAAGCAGUGGGACAGUGUGGUUCUGGAACGCAUCGAGCAGGCCUGCGACCCAGCGUGGAGUGCAGAUGUGGCAGCUGUGGUCAUGCAGGAGGGCCUCGCCCACGUCUGCUUGGUGACGCCCAGUAUGACCCUCACCCGCGCCAAGGUGGAGGUGAGCAUCCCCAGGAAGCGGAAAGGCAACUGCUCCCAGCACGACCGGGCCCUGGAGAGGUUCUACGAGCAGGUGGCCCAGGCCAUCCAGCGCCACAUCAACUUUGACGUGGUGAAGUGCGUCCUGGUGGCCAGCCCCGGGUUCGUGCGGGAGCAGUUCUGCGACUACAUGUUUCAGCAGGCGGUGAAGACUGACAACAAAAUGCUCCUGGAGAACCGGUCCAAGUUCCUGCAGGUGCACGCCUCCUCUGGACACAAGUACUCCCUGAAAGAGGCCCUGUGCGACCCUACUGUAGCCAGCCGCCUCUCAGACACCAAGGCCGCGGGGGAAGUGAAAGCUUUGGAUGACUUCUAUAAAAUGUUGCAGCACGAACCUGACCGAGCCUUCUACGGACUCAAGCAGGUGGAGAGGGCCAACGAAGCCCUGGCCAUCGACACGUUGCUCAUCAGUGAUGAGCUCUUCCGGCACCAGGACGUGGCCACCAGGAGCCGGUAUGUCAGGCUGGUGGACAGCGUGAAAGACAACGCAGGCACGGUUCGGAUAUUCUCUAGUCUCCAUGUGUCUGGCGAACAGCUUGGGCAGUUGACGGGAGUAGCUGCCAUUCUCCGAUUCCCGGUGCCGGAACUUUCUGACCAGGAGGAUGACUCCAGUUCUGAAGAGGAUUAAGACUGACACUUUAUUGUUGCCUCUUCUCUGCUUUCCCUGACUGGGCCAAGAGCCUGGCUGUGUUGGUCGUGCUGGGAUUUCUUGUGUGUGUGUGUCGGUCACACUGGUGUUUUCUGGUUGGCAGGACAUGUAUUCAAAUUAAAUAAACCAAAAGAAAAGAGUG